AUGAAAGCCGAGCAAACAGACCCAAUGCAAAGGCUAGCACUUGUCACAGCCUAUGAGGCUCUCGAGAUGGCGGGGGUCGUGCCUAAUAGGACUCCCUCAUCGAACUCCAAACGUAUCGGGACUUUCUACGGCCAGGCCAGUGACGAUUAUCGCGAGGUGAACGCAAAUCAGAAUGUCAGUACAUAUGGAAUUCCCGGCACCGAAAGAGCCUUUGGUAACGGACGGAUCAACUAUUUCUUCAAGUUCGGCGGCCCGAGCUUCAACUUAGACACUGCUUGUUCAUCCGGACUGGCUGCAGUGCAUGCUGCUUGUACAUCCUUGUGGGCUGGUGACUCCGACCUUGUUAUUGCGGGUGGCCUCAAUGUCAUCACAAAUCCAGACAUUUACUGUAUGCUCACAAAGGGGCAUUUCCUCUCUAAGACGGGUCAAUGCAAGGUCUGGGAUAAAGACGCUGACGGCUACUGCCGCUCCGAUGGCAUUGGUUCAGUCGUCAUCAAACGUCUCGAAGAUGCAAUUGCUGAUAAUGACAAUAUCCUAGCCACUAUCGUUGCCGGAGCCACCAACCAUUCGUGUGAUGCAAUUUCUAUCACUCAUCCUCAUGUUGACAAUCAAAAGGAUAAUUAUCACGAGGUCUUGUUCCAAGCAGGUGUCAAUCCCCUUGAUGUAAGCCAUGUUGAGCUUCAUGGAACGGGCACACAAGCUGGUGAUGCAGUCGAGUCGCAGUCUGUCCUCGAGACAUUUGCACCACUUAUACCUCGCCGCCGGCCGGACCAAAGACUUACCUUGGGAGCACUCAAAUCCAACAUUGGACAUGGCGAGGCUGCAGCUGGCGUAGCCUCAUUGAUUAAAGUACUCCUGAUGUACCAAAAGAACCAGAUUCCCCGCCACAUCGGGAUCCGUGGAGAGAUAAACCCAGUUGUGGCAAAGCACCUCCACAAUCGGAAUGCUGGACUUGUGUUCGAGACUACACCAUGGCACAAGCCUGAAGGAGGAAAAAGACUUGCCAUUGUCAACAGUUUUGGUGCUCAUGGUGGGAAUACAACUCUUCUGCUGGAAGAUGCUCCCGAAAAGCCGGACUCUGGAGCUUCUAGAAUUGAUCACUUCAAAACACAUAUCGUCGCAAUAUCUGCAAAGAGCAAAGCUUCACUAAGAGGCAAUAUCAAAGAUUUACUCGAAUAUCUAGAUCAGGAACCAGUGGCAACCAACCUACUAGCGAAUCUGUCAUACACCACUGUGGCGCGGCGCAUUCAUCAUCCUCGACGAAUUGCUAGGGCAAUAUCUAGUGUCGGUCAACUGCGAGACUUUUUGAGAGCAUCAAUCGAAGUCUCAGAUGAUGUGCGACCUUCCAGUGCCUCCAAUUCGAAUAUCGUCUUCGCCUUCACUGGUCAAGGCAGCUUUUAUGUGGGGGUUGGUCAGCAACUUUACCGACAUUUCCCUGGCUUCCAAAUCCAGGUCCAGCAACUUGACCGUAUAAUGCAGCGACUGGGCUUUUCCUCAGUUCUGCCAGUGAUCGAUGGUGAGGCUAGUGAGGUUGAAAGAAGCACAUUAUCGCCGAUCGUGUCACAACUAACUAUACUGAUUCUACAAAUCUCCUUGAUCCGAUUCUGGCGGCUGCUCGGUAUCAAACCAGAUGCUGUGAUUGGACACAGCCUCGGUGAAUAUGCUGCCCUGGUGGCAGCUGGGGUGCUCUCCGUCGCUGAUUCUAUCUAUUUGGUUGGUGAACGUGCAAAACUUCUAGAAAAAUAUUCCGAGCCCAGUACCCAUGGAAUGCUGUCUGUUCGUGCCGAUGCUGCCACAAUCAGACGAGUUGUGGAAGAUCGCGUGCACUAUGAGCUUUCAUGCUUGAACACAUCUGAGGAUACCGUCGUCAGUGGCCCAAGAGGUGAUAUCGACCGAAUUCGCGCAAUACUGGAGGCUGAGGGGUUGAAGUGCCUUUCCCUUGACAUCCCAUAUGCCUUUCAUUCGGCUCAGCUCGAUCCAAUCCUGGAUGAUUACGAGAAAAUUGCCUCUCAUGUUUCAUUCAAGCCGCCCGAGAUUCCAGUCAUCUCUCCAUUACUAGCACAGUGCAUAUUUGAUGGAAAAGCUAUCAGUGCAAAAUACCUACGACGAGCCUCCCGAGAGCCUGUCAACUUUGCCGGGGCUUUGCAGGCAUCGGAAGCAGCCGGAAUAAUUGACGAUAAAACCAUUUGGCUUGAACUGGGGCCUCACCCAGUCUGCAGCUCGUUCGCCCGCAGCCAACUACCUAAUAUCAAGGCGCUUCCAUCUUUAAAAAAGAAUGAGGAUAACUUCACCACAAUUGCCAAUACCCUAGCGAUGUUCCAUGUUGCUGGUUUGAAUGUAAACUGGAAUGAGUAUUAUCGGCCCUUCGAAAAAUCCUUCAACCUUCUUCAUUUGAAACACUAUCAUUGGAAUGAUAAUGAUUAUUUCAUCCCAUAUACUGGGAUAUGGACCCUGGAAAAGGCGCACCACACUAAAGAAAAACCUACGAGCACACUUGCUCUGGCUCCAUCGGUCUCGACAUUGCAAACAUCAUCGGUACAACGCGUGAUUUGUCGAAGAUGUAUCCAAUUCAACUGCCAAUUUAGUAGCAAUCACUGA